UCAUAUAUAAAUAAUUUUCAAUUUGACUAUAUAGUCUAGUCUUUCUUUAUCUUUAUAGUAAUACCCGUUAACUAUAACUAUUCGUCUUUAUACUAUUAAUUGUUAAUUUUACAUAAUGACAGAUUCAAUAACUCAUAGAGCUGCCAAUAAAACUUUCACAUUUACAACUCCUCCAUCUGAUUCUCCUAUAGAAGUUCUUAAUGAAUUUUAUUGGACUAAAGAGAAAGAACCACAUUUUAGUAGAAGAAAAUUAAUUCUUGCUAAACAUCCUGAAGUAUCGAAAUUAACCGGAUAUGAACCAAAGACUAAAUGGUAUGUAAUUGCCAUAGUUUCAUUACAAUUUUAUCUUGCUUGGUAUUUAAGAAAUACUCCUAUUUUUAGUUGGAAAUUUAUUGGUUUAGCUUAUGUAUUUGGGGCUACAGCAAAUCAAGCAAUGUUCUUAGCAAUUCAUGAAUUAUCUCAUAAUUUAUUAUUUAAAAAACCUUUACAUAAUAAAUUAUUUGCAAUUUUUACAAAUCUCCCUAUUGGUAUACCAUAUUCAGCAUCAUUUCAACCUUAUCAUCAAUUACAUCAUAAAUUCUUAGGUGAUCAAUAUUUAGAUGCUGAUUUACCAACUUAUCUUGAAGGUAUACUUCUUUCUAAUUUAUUAGGUAAAGUAUUCUUUGCCAUAUUUCAAAUAUUCUUUUAUGCUUUAAGACCAAUGUUUGUAACUCAAAUUACUUUUACAUAUAUUCAUUUACUUAAUAUUAUUAUUCAAUUAGUUGUUGAUUACUUUUUAAUUAAAUUAAAUGGUUGGCAUUCAUUUAUAUAUUUUCUUAUGAGUUCAUUUUUAGCUGGUUCUUUACAUCCAUGUGCUGGACAUUUUAUUGCUGAACAUUAUGUAUUAAAUGAAAAUAAUAAACCAAGAAGUAUAUUAAAGGAUAAUGAAAAUAUUUCUAUUGAAUUAGUUCCUGCUGAAACUUAUUCAUAUUAUGGAUCACUUAAUUUACUUACUUGGAAUGUUGGAUAUCAUAAUGAACAUCAUGAUUUUCCUUAUAUUGCUUGGACAAAACUUCCUGAACUUCGUAGAAUAGCUCAUGAAUUUUAUGAUCCUUUACCUCAAGUAACUUCAUGGUGUGGAACUAUUUGGGAUUUUAUGUUUUGUGAUGUUAAUACUCUUUGGAAUAGAGUUAAAAGAGUUGGGAAUGAAAAAAGUGGUACUAAUAUUAAUAAUUUAGAUCAAAAUCAAUAGAUUGUUAUUAUUUAGAAAUAAAAAGAAUUUGUACGUAUUUA